CGUUUCUGCCCGCUCCAGCGUGACCGAGAGCACCAUGGCCGACGUGUCAAAGAAGAGGAAGCCGACGUCAGACAGCGCGCCGCAUGCAAAGCGCGCUCGCUUUCCACAGAUGCCUGCGCGAAGCAUCCCCGUUGUGUCGACGAGGAACGCGUACCCCAAUGGCGAGGUCAACGUCAAGAACUUGCUCAGGUCGCACGAGAAUGAGAUCAGGUCGCUGGAGGGGGCGAUCAAGGCCGCCAAGAAGGGCCUGUCGAGGAGAGCAUUCCAGGACGUGCCCCGAGAGCUGCGCAGAAGAACGGCUAGCCACAACCCCAGCCGCGUGCCCAAGCGGCUGCGAAGACGGGCGCGACAGGAGGCCAACGAGGACAACACGCCCAUAACGCGGGGCACGAGCGGCAGUGGGAUUGGAAAGGGCAGGAAGAAGCACCUCAGGAGGGACGGCAUCGAGCAGAGCAAGAAGAUAUGGAAGCAGAGGGCGCAGAAGAAGGCUGAGACGAAGGCCAGUGGGCAGACAGCGGCUGAGGAGGGAGCGGCUGCGACAUCGAAAGCGGCACCGAAACCAAACACAAAGCCCAAGUUCCCGUCCCUGGCCACGCCAGCUACGCCCCCAUCACGCUUCCGCCGACGCCAACGAGACAAGACGUGGCUGCCCACGCACAUCUGGCAUACGAAGCGUGCACGCAUGACCGAACCAAAAGACCCGCUCUGGCGAUUUGCCAUUCCACUCGCGCCCGUCGUGAAAGCAUACCGCCUGACCCACCGAGCCGCAGUCCAGCGAGGAGCCAUUGCCUGGGACAUGAGCUACAUGUCGACAAUCGGGCUCGGGGGCGUGGAAGACAGCAUCGUUGGGCUGCUGAGAGGGCUCCAUUUCGGUGCUGAAGAUGCUGAGGAUCCAUGGCAAAGGCGAGGCAGGGCGAAGAAGUGGAGGCAGGGCACACGUGUCUGGGAAAGCUGGCUGCACGAAAGAGAAGCGAAACCUUUGAAGAGGAUGGCACGUGUGGUUGUCAUCUGGUGUGCGUCUGAGCUGCAUGGCAAGACGAGGAAGGCUUUCAUUCGAGUGCAUCCGAGUGCUUUCCUGCAAGUGUGGAACGAGAUCAUUCGCAUAUCCAAGGUUCAGAAGCCAGCAGUGACUGUCGAAGAUUUAAGAUUUGAGGUCGGCUCUAUCGAGAUUAUGGGCCCUGCAGCAGCCGAAACACUUUGUUCGAUACUGCAUCCAAGUCUCUCCGAGCGUACGCCCGGUGCGCCUGAAUCGCUAUGGUCUACACUUGCAUCAGUCAAUGACUUGGGCGCACUGCCUCCAGGCGCACUCCUCGCUUUCGAUAUCUCAGACCCUCGUCUUCGAGAUCCUCCUGCACAAUCGACGACAUCACACGAUCACACUGCCUUGAUUGAAACACUCGCCAAUUGGCCGAUCGACAGCACACAAGCCCCAUCACCCAUCUUCAGCCGCACAGCUCGUCUCACUGGUCAGAGAACGAUGCCUUCGCAGAAGUCUAUCAACCGGAGACAAAGUGCCAACACACUCGGCGGAUAUCCGGAGCCGCGGUCGACCGAUCCACGGAUCCCAAUGCUUACAUUCGUAUCGCGAGAAAGCAAAUCUUGGACUAUACUUCUGCCGUGGAAGUGUGUCAUGCCCGUCUGGCGGGGUAUCAUGCGCUACCCACUGUCCACAGGAGGAAAUCCUCGCUUUGGCGGUUUGAAAGAGAGGCGACAGGUUACUUUCGAGCGCUCGGUGCCCAGCUUUCCGUAUGACUGCCCCGGCACUGAUGCUGGCUUGACAUGGGAGCGCAAACAACAAGAAGUAAGGAAGCAUGAGUGGACGAGGCGACCCAAAGGCAAAAGGAUUGAGUGGUCCACUAUCGAUCUUGGUAAUGGGCGGAAUGGCGAGGUUGGCGACCCAUGGGCAUGUGACUGGGAGCGGUUGCUACCCGAUGCGUUGGGUGGGGGCGAGUCUGACAGAGCUGUUACAUGCUUCCGUCAGCUCUCCUCCAUUCAAGCAACUAGGCUUCUGGACGAUUCUACCAGCGAGCCUGAAGUACCUUAUCUCUUCACCGCGGAGAUUAAGGUACUGGGUCGAGGUUAUCCGGUUGACUGCACUCGAGUCUACCGGCUGCCUACAAGCGACCCUGAGCUUCGGACCAAGUGGCUCUCUCUAAUGCCGGGUCUGAAGUCAAAGACAAAUGGCGUGCCAAGGAGACAGCAGACUCGCAGCGGCGACGACGUUCCUGAGUAUCUGGAACGAAGGGAGCUUGCUAGCAGUCUUCUAGAGCCUGCAGCGCCCAAAGACCACACCACACCAGCAGAUGCUGACUACCCUGUCGUUCCGGACGAAGGAGACCUGAUUGGGUUCGUCACAACGGGCAAUUACAAUCUGGCUGAAGGCAUGCCGACUGCUGUCGCGAAUCUCGCUCUACACAGAGUUCUUCGUGGUUCCCAGAGUGAAAGUGCAAAGGAGGAAGGCCGCAUUUGCAUUGUGAGAGAGCCAGGACGGACAAUAGGCAGACUUGCGAGGUGGGACGUCAUCUAGGGCAGAUAUAUCACACAGCCAUGAUCUGGGAAAUUCAGAGACUCAAGACCCGCGAGAGCCUGAUGGGUAUAAAAUUGACGCUCAUGCGCAAGAACCUCUGCCGUGACAUCCAGCUAGGUGAUGCGUUGCGUAGCUUACAUGAAUGCAAUACUCUUUUGCA